CAAGUCUCCAUUCACGAAAGAGCUUAAAGACAAGAAACGUGUGGUGAAUCGAAGAGGCAGCUAAGAGUAUUCUAAAUAUUAUAUUUAAAAUUAAAUGGUACAUAGACUAAUAAUACCAGUAUGGAUAGAAGUGCACAAAGAGCUCCGAAACGCAAGCGCUGGUGCCGAUUACAGAAGGAGGCCCCAUUCCCUAUUCCAAUAGCAACUAUAACUAAUGAACCAGCAAGUGCCAGAAAUUGGUAUUAUUAUGAAGGUGAACUUGUGGGCACAUCAGUGUUCAUCAAGCACAGUGGGGACAUGAAACUUAUCUACAAUAUGGGUUUCUUUGGGAAGGGAACCACUUCUCGCUGGGGCAUCAGAAGUUUACAGAGCCGGGCUAGACAAGACAGGGACACUUUGCAAGUUAUGAAGAAACACAGGUACUUGCGCCACUGUAGAUGGAGAAAACAGGCAGAUUUCCAGGCAGGUAAAAUGCCAGCUGAAGAAUACAUAGACACUGACAUGGAGGAACAAAUGACACGGAGUCUAGAUCAAAAUAGAAUUGCUGAAGAUGGAAUGAAGAAAAUGAAAGGGGAAGAAAAUGUUAAUUCAGCUGCAUCAGAGGAUCAGGAAAAGAGCAUUUUCUCAAAGGGCAAUAGGCAUUCAAAACAGUGGGGGCAAAACAGUGCCCUUGGUAUGUAUAAUGAUGAAUCAGAAUGGGGUCAAGGCCAAUCUAAAAGCAAUAUAGACAGUAACAGUUCAGAUUACAAAUCUGAAAAAGAAAUGGAAUUAGCUCAAGGUGAAGGUCAUCCCAUGGACUGGAACAACAUAAGUGAGAAGGAAUCUGAGGACUUUUGGGCAACACCAGAGGUAAAAUCAGAAUACUCAUCAUGGGAUGCGGUAGAUGAAAAGGAUGCUGAAGAGUUUUGGGGAACCUCAGAUACAGAGGAUAUACAGGAUAAGAAGACAGAAUUAGGUCAAGGCCAGUCAAGGUCACCAUGGGGUAAAGGUGGCACAGAUACUGGAACUAUGUCAUGGGAUGUCUCUGGAACUGUUCAGAAUAACAAUGUUUUAGGUGGAGUUGGUGAAAUAGGCCAAAAUAAAAGCAAUACUGUAGUACCAUCAAAUAAAACUUACGCAUUAAGUCAAGGUCAAGAUCACUCAGAUGUCUCGGAUAAUAAUGAUUCAAGGACAUCUGCUGAAUUUUGGGCCAAUGUGGCAGAUGGUGUUUCUAAUACAGACGGUUCACAUGAAAAUAAUAAAACAGAUUUGUCAGAAAAAAGUACCAUUAAUGACAAAAGCACUGACACCUCAACUUCCAAGUCAAGGUCAGAUCACAUGCCACAAGAUGGCAAUGCUUUGGAGUUCAGUACAGGAACAACUCAUGGUCUAAAAUCACAGAAAGAUUCACAGUUAUCAAAAUUAAAUAGUGAUAUUGUAUCAGACGAAAAUGAGAAAUCACAGCAGGCUUUUAAACAGUCAGACAAUGGAGAAAACUGUGAGGAUGAUAAUAUAGUGGAUGAAAGAUCACUGAUGAAUGACCCAGGUGGUGAAUUAUAUGUUGUAGAGAGCAGUGAAGAGGAGGAGGAGGAUGUCACUAUGGCAACAAGAUUGAAAUGGAGGCCGUGUCAGAAAAGGGAAGAAUACAAAGUCAAAGAAUAUUUGUGUCUUAGUUUAGAAGAGGCAUUUUUUCUAUCCUAUGGUUUAGGUUGCCUCGUUGUACAUGAUGAAUCUAAGAAGAAACUAAAUCUGACAGAAAUGUGGCGCAAGUUUUGCUCAAGACAAAAGAAUUUCCUGAACAACUACAUUGCAUAUCAUUCCCUAAGAAGUAAAGGAUGGGUGCCAAAAACUGGAAUUAAGUAUGGGGCUGAAUUUAUUCUGUACAAACAGGGCCCUCCAUUUUAUCACUCCUCCUACUCCGUGGUGGUACUUCCUGUGAAGGAAGAAAACUUGGAACAAGAGAAGCUGCUCUCCUGGACCUCACUGGCAGGGAUGAACAGGGUCACUGAACAGGUGUCCAAGGAAGUUUUGCUGUGUUAUGUAAUACGACCAAGAGGAGUAACUGAUGAGGAUCUUAGCUCUCCAGCUUGCGUUCCAAAAUUUAAGAUAAUGGAGGUCAUAAUUGAAAGGUGGGUGGCGCCACAGGAGAGAGAUAACCAAGGAGAACAGCAGUUUCCAUGAAGGCCAGACCAGAGGGAUAUGAAGAAAAACAAUAAUCAGUAACUUUGGUUUACAGAAUAACAAAAUAUGACUUUUUAUACAAAGUCGGAUCAUGCUAUGAAUUUUGCUGAAAAAAUGUUAUCUACAAAGAACACAAAUAAAUUAGUUUGGUGUGACAGACCUGGGAGAAAAAGAAACCCAAGCGAGCAGCAGUCAUUAAUACUUUUCCUCAGGGAGUGAAAAAUUCUUAAACGUGAUAUAGAAUUUCAGAAAUAAAGAAAAGUGUUUACUAUAUUUUCUUGGGCAAGUUGCCUUUAGGUUUCCUCUAAACCAUUCUUUCUACAAAAUGUGGUGGAAGGUCAGUAAUUUUCC